UCUAACCUUGAGAGAGAAACUUUGAUUUCAAAUCUGCUUUUGUGGUAUCAAAGCUUUGUCGGUGAGGAAUCAGAGAGUUUCUUUCAAUUUUAUUCCUAUUCUCUUGUUCCCAUUCUGUAAUGGCCCCAUCUCAAAACAGUAGCUACCCAUAUCCUUUUACCCUCAAUGUGUCAAACUUUGUUUCCCUAAGACUUACUCCCACCAACUAUUAUGGAGGACUCAAAUGGCCGCCUUAAUUGAAAGCCAAGACAUGCAGAGAUUCCUAGAUGGAGAGUAUGUCAUGCCGGUAGCCAAAAUCACCCCAACUGACAGUACUGAUGCUGAGGGACCCAAAGAGGUACCAAACCUGGCUUAUAUCUCAUGGAGGCGGUCUGAUCGUCUUCUAUAUGGAUGGAUCACUGGCACUCUUUCUAAAGAAGUGCUUGGAAUCGUUGUGGGACUCACAACAUCUCGUGAGGUUUGGGAUGCAUUAGAAGAAGCUUAUGCCCAAGACUCUCAAGAGAAAGAGUUCAAUUUGACAAAAGCAAUGACCACAUUGCGGAAAGGUAACGAUUCAUUGACUGAAUAUUUAAGAAAAUUCAAGGCUAUUUGUGAUGAACUUGCUGCUAUGGGGAAACCAAUACCAGACAAAACCAAAGCCUUUUGGGUGUUACAAGGACUUGGCCAAGGCUAUGAGAACUUUGUGACAACCAUGUUGAAACCUCCGGUUCCUCCAUACCAAGAAGUUGACCAAUGGAAACCAAAACAAGAGGAAAGGAAAUGGCUUCAACAAAUUCAACUCAAAAGGAAAAGGUUUCUUUCAAGGAAAAGGUUUCUUUCAAGGCAAUGGAACUAACA